CCCUUAAACACAACCCAAGCGUUACAGCGCCUAACCUUAAUUACAUUACACUGAUCAGCAACUUCCGGGUCUAGACUGGAUGCUGAAGCACGUGAAGCGGGAGCGGCCGCGGAAAUUGCACAUGUACCGCAUGCAAAUAAUGACAAAUAGAAAAUGCAAAUAGGCCCGGCCGAUGUCCCGCCCCCGAGAGCAAUAUACUCCACCGUGAUUGCACAGCCAUCUGCCCAGGGAAGGUCCCGGCCAUACCAGGGAGUUCGUGUCCGGGAUCCAGUUAAGGAGCUGCUGAGGAGAAAGAGGAGCCUGGAGCAUCACAGCACUAAGACCACGCAUUUCACAGCUGAUGUGGUGGGUUACAACAAUCAGUCAUCGUUUAUACAAGGUGGUUUUUGUUCAGAUGUUGCCAGUGCUUCCCCUGCUGAGCAGUCUCCUGGGGCAGCAGACCGAGGGCUACAGGGUGCCGGGUGGAAACCUGCUCCCCCCAUCACCACCGCUGGGCUGCAGCCUGCUGUGAUGCCGUGGUCUUCAUCUGACUACAACCAGCAGGACUCCACAGCUCAGACUCUGGCCUACCCAGCUGCCUCUACCCUCACUGCUGAUGUAUACAUGCAGACUCUGUGUCCCAGCUACACCAUGCUGACCUAUACACACACACCACUGCUAACUAACUUUGGUACCAUACCAGUGGCUCCAGGUCAAAGCUCCCUCGCCCCGAUGGAGCUCCCAGACUCUGGGCUGGCCUACCCCUUGUGGGCACAGCCUCUUACCACCAUAUCUGCUAUGCCCAACCCAGGAGUUCAGUUUGCCUCAGGUUCUGCAGCUCUGCAUGGCCCCCCUUUGGUUCAUAUGCCUUUACCCAUGUCUUUGACCGCCAUGAUUCCUCAACCAGAGACUCAGGCGGUGGACCCUCACCCUCAGAUUCUGGACACCCAACAGCACUCAGGGCAUGAGCUGGACCAAGAACCACAAGUUCACUCUCUGGCAGAAAAUCCUGAAGAAGAACCAGUGUCCCCUAAUCUGCUGGAUAAACUUCUGGAAGAUCAGAAGGGGCAUGAUGACGAAGAAGACAAGAAUUCAUAUUCCAGCUCCAUGUUCUUACCUAAUGUCUGAAAUCACAACUGUUCAGUCCACUGAAACAGAUUUUUUUUUAACUCAGUGGUCAUGAGAUUGCAGAAGAUUUUGGCAUAUUCAUUUACUUUAACUCAAUUCUUGCCUUCGUUCAUAGACAAUCCACCUUCCAAUCAGACAGAGCUGGAAAUGUUUAGCAAAUAAGUAUGGGCGAAAUUCUCAGCCACUAGAUGCACAAAACGGAUAGAUUAAAUUUACAAAGAUUAAUUUGCAGUAAAAUUUGAUUCUAUUUAGUACUGGCAGUGGGGAAUGAACAGAAAUGCAUGACAAAUGUUUUUGUCCCAUAGUUCACAAUUUUACAGAAAUCUGUCCCCCCCCAAAAAAUCCCAAAUUCAUUUGUAUUUGUGUGAACAUGUGAAAAAACAUAAACAAUUAAGGCACAGCAUUUCCCUAUGCAAACUUGGAUGCAACUUCACACAACUGGUUCUUUCCGAGUACAUCUUUCCUGCCUUUCACCUGUGUUGUAGACCUAGAGCACUCCUCGUGUUCUGUCUGAAAAAUAAAGAAGCCUCACUCAACUAAAGUCAACAGUUGUCUUCAGUUGAAAAAUAAGAAACAUUGCUCUGUUUGUAAAUCCUUGGUUCUAGUGGUGUAACAUGAUGGUGGCAAAAUAUUGUCAUCAUCAGGAAUUUAUCCUCUCUUCACAUGUUAGUUAUUUCCAUUGAUGACUGUGCAGCAGUGGGAUGGGGUGGAGGUUGUGAAAAGGCGGUGAUCUUAGGUUUUGCCAUAACACUGUCCUAAAUAUGUAGGAUGCAGAUAUUUGUAUUGGAACGUGUUAUGUUUCAAUCAAAGGCACAAAUAAGGUAUAUUUAAGGUUUGUCUACAACCACAACUACAGGGAUAAGAACUGAUAACAUAUUCAAUUGUUAAUAUUUAGACAUAGACAUAGUUUAUCAUUCAAUUUUACAUGUAAAAAAUGUACAAAUUGAGAGAAGUUUUGUUGCAAGGCUCCAAUAAAAAUGUAUGAAUGGAAAUAUAGAUAAUAAAAUGGGAGUUUGGUGUCCUUAUGGCAUGAGGCAUGAAGCUGUUGUGGAAUCUGGUUGUUUUGCUUUUGAAGCUGCUGAACCUUUUCCCAGUGGGCAGCAGGGAGAAUAAGCAUUUACAUGAAUUUACAUAUUUUGUUAGCUUAUUGCAAUAAUGUAUAAUACCAAUUAAUGUCAUGCUGACAUCUCUUAAUUCAAUUAAAUGUUGUCAACCUUAUCAAGCAUUGGCUUUUCAUUCCAUAAGCAGCUAAAAUUAUUUAUAAGUAUGGCAGAUUUAGAUUUAAAAUAACAGACCAAAAACUCAGUUUCUGUUAGGAAAUGAGAGAGAAUCUACUGAAAAAAUUCAAAUUAUGUAAAUGGAGCACGAAUUUUAACAAUUAAAUGUUUUUUUUAAUAUAUUUUAUUUGAAAAGUUGAAAAUUGUCGAUACUUUUUUAAGUUAUCAAUGAAUACAUCUGUCCUUGCAUUACACAAUGCAUUGUCAGUAUUGCUGGGUACCUUUUGCUUGUGUCCUGUGGUAUUUUGACUAUUCUUGAUAACCUUCAUGUUUGAGGUUAGACAGCCUCUUUUAACUUCCUCAAAAGAUUUUCUACUAGAUUCAAGUCAGGGCUUUAGCUGGACCACUCCAAAAUGUUAUUACCUUCAGGCAGAAGAAAAAAAAAGAUAUAUUUGUGAUGUGAGCACGUAUUUGCAGAUUCACCUAUUUGCCGAUUUUUUAUGUAGACCGCAACUGCAAAUUACUUGUGGAAACCUGUUCCUUUUUACAGAUUUAAAGAAAUUAAAUGCAAUUUGGGAAACUGCAGUACCUGCCGGCAAUGCUACUUGACAAGCUAUUGGCUGGUGUUUGCAAAGCAGCCAAUUCAUUUCUCUUUAUUGCUGAUUGACUGUAUCCUCUUGAUUCCCUUGCUCUUUUUUUUUUUAUCAAUCUUCUGUUAGGGAUCUUGGUGUCAUUUUUGCUUGAAAUAGGAUAAGCAGGUGAGCUAUGUAGUGAAACCAAGAUUUUUUUCAUCUGCGCUUUCUAGCAAAGGUAAAAAUCUAGCUUUGUAGAGGACUAUAAUUAUAUUAAUAGUUAAAAAUUAUGUUGGUUCGCACUAAGAUAUGUUUUAUUCUAAAAGAAAUGUAUUGUGUCAAAUGGACUGGGUCAAUCUGACCUAGAAGUCAGGAAGGAAUUCAGAUUUGGAGAGAUGUCGAAUAACAAUCAUUAAAGAGAGGGAAGUUGUUAGUUUAAGCUGUUGUGCAAGAAAGUUCUGGCGCCAGACAUUUCCCUGCUCGCCAGCAAAGGAACUGGGCCGGAGCUCAAGACGUGGGAAGGAACCUCUGUUUGAUCAGAUAAGGAACAAAAAAUUUGACUAAUAGCACUUUUGGAAACGGAGCAGAUGUGAAGUUAAGAGGUCUGAAUAUUCCCAAGGAACUUCCAAUACACAUCCAGUGUAAGACGAGCCAGAAAGGCUACGUAAAUGGAAGAAAGCAACGCCAUUAGUCGAGGGUUCCCAAUACACACCAGUAGAGCUCGGACUCUAUAAAAAGCUGAUGUCAGAAGUAGAAGUCAAGAGAUUUUGGAUUACUGUAACUAAGUGUAUGUGAUGUUUUGUGGUUCAGCAGAUGUGCAUUAAAUCUUUUCUAGUUCGACUUUGA